AAACCCGGAACAUGAGGUGGCCUACAACUCCCAAUAGGCAGCGGGGUACUGCGGACUUGAGCAAGCUUUCCCACGUCCUCGACGGAAGUGACGUAUUGGGUAGCAACGGAGGACGUUAGCUGUUGCUAACGGAGAACGCGGAGGCAGCGCGGGAGCUAUAAACCAUGUCUGCUCCAGCUGAUGAAACUGCAGAAGACCUACCUGUGAGAGAUGUAGAUUUAAAUCUAGCUGGAAUCGAAGGACUACAAGAAUCAUCAGCUGCACAGAACGUAAAGGCUCGGCAGGCUGUAUCUCGGGUCAGUCAUGAGGAGCUAGAAGAUCGAUUCCUGCGGUUACAUGAUGAAAACAUUUUACUUAAACAACAUGCACGAAAGCAAGAGGAUAAAAUUAAAAGAAUGGCCACCAAGUUAAUACGGCUCGUUAAUGACAAGAAAAGGGCUGAGCAGGUUGGUGGCGGCCCCAAGCGGCUGGGCCAGGAUGUGGAACUGGAAGAAAUGAUUGAGCAGCUCCAAGAGAAAGUUCGUAAGCUUGAGAAACAAAAUGAGGGUAUCCGCAACAAACUAAUUUCAACCAAACAGCAGCUCCAAGUUCAAGGCCAUCGGCACACACCAUAUAGCUACGUUCAAUCUCGCAUUAAUACUGGUCUCAAAAAAGUGAAUGAGGCUGUUGGUAUCCAAGACCAUGCCAGGAAAGGAAUGAGAUUUCAAGAUUUAGAACUAAGAUCCCCUCAACCCAUACUGCCAAGAUAUGGACACAGUUUGCUUGAAGAAGCAAGGGCUGAGAGAAGAAAUCUGGAGAAUGUAAUAGAGUCACAAAGGGGACAUAUUGCAGAAUUAGAACACACUGGUGAGAUGCUCAGGAAUCAGCUAAAGAAGAAGGAAACGGAGUUUGAAGAAUCACUUCUACAGCUGAAGGAGCAACAAGCAACAGGUCAAAGGUUAAACAUUCGGGACAAUGUGGAAAUGAUCAAGCUGAACAAACAGUUGGUUGAGAGAGGCAAUGCUCUCACAGCAAUGAAAGGAAAAUUUCUCCAGCUUCAAGAGAAUCAAAGGAAACUUAAGGCCAGCCAUGAUGCUUUAAUGGCAAAUGGAGAUCAGCUUAAUCUACAGCUUAAAGAACAACGUUUAAAGUGCUUCCAACUUGAAAAAGAGUUAAGGUCAAUGACUUUUUCAAAAUGUAGGAUAGAAGAGUUGCAGGAAAGAAUUAAUGACCUGGAAAAGGAGAGGGAUCUUUUAAAGGAAAACUAUGAAAAGCUAUAUAACAGUGUCUUCAGUAUGACCCAUGAACAGCAAUGGAAAUUAAAGGAACAGCAACUGAAACUGCAGAUUACUCAGCUUGAGACAGCUUUAAAGUCUGAUUUAGCAGACAAGAAUGAAAUUCUUGACAGAAUUAAAGUAGAAAGAGACCAAAAUGAGAAGUUGACUCAAGAGAACAAAGAAAUACAUUUACGUUAUCUAGAGCAUAAGGAACAUCUAGAUGAACUGAAAAAUCGCAUGAAGUUUUUCACCAAGGAGAAUGAUAUUGAUGUGUCAGAACUCAGUGAAGCCCUCAUGCUUAUAAAGGCUCGUAAGCAACAGCAGGAUGGAGACUUAACAUUUUUAGAGAAAGUAGAAGAUGACAUCCAUAGAGACUUGGAACGCUCUCUCCGGGAGCUUCAGGCAACACAUGCAGAAACAGUGCAAGAACUUGAAAAAACACGGAAUAUGUUAAUCAUACAGCAUAAAAUUAACCGGGAUUAUCAGGCUGAAGUUGAAGCAGUGACCCAGAAGAUGGAAGGUCUACAACAAGAUUAUGAUUCAAAACUGAAACACCCAACUAAAGGAUAUUGCCUAUGGUACCAAACAGUACAAGUUCAGAUCAGAAAUCUUGUCAGAUGAUCCAGUACAUGAAUUUGAUGA